ACCUCCCUUCCCCUCCACUCCCGCCGCGCCGCCUCCUCGCCGGCCGCCGCGGCCUGCUGCUCCGCUGAUCCUCACGCCUAGCGAGGGACGUCGGUGUUGGCGAGGGAGAUUCCCUCACUCCGAUGGCGCAGGCCUCGGCCGCGGCGCUGCUACGGCGCCUCAGGCGCCAUCGCGACCCCGCGGCCGUGCCGCUCCCUCGCCGCCUCCUCUCCUCCGCUCCCGCCUCCUCCUCUCCGGGUGCGCUGCCCAAGCUGAACCAGCUCGGGGGAGGUGGCGGGAGCGGCAGCUGCAUCUCCGCUUGGCUCGGCUCCCAACCGCGCCACCGGCUUCCUCGGCGGCAGCAUGCGGCUGCUACGGCUACAAGAGCGGCGCAUCAAGCUGCUACGAGCUCCGGGAGUACCUUGGCGGAGGCGUCUAGUGAGGCUUGCAUUGUCGCUGCGCAGUCUGAGAUCGUGCGUUUCAUCAAGUCCGCGUUUGGGAAACUUGAAGGACAAAAUCAUUGUUGGUUGAACGCCACAAAUGGCAUUUGGAGAACCUUGAAUGAAGAAGGAAUAUAUCUUAUUCUUUUGUAUCAAUCUUCUGAAGCAUUAAACAGCAACAGCAAACAUUCAGAAGCUUUUGAAAGAUUGAAAUAUCUUCAACAGAGGUACCCACGUCUGAAUGUUUUUGCUGUGCAACAUGGGAGUGAUAUUAGUUCCUUAGCUGCUCAAAGCCAAGCAGUUCGUACAGUAAUGAAUGAGUACAUUACAUUUCCUAUCCUGAUGUCAGACAAAGACAUUUCCAAUAUAACAGGUGCUUGCUACUUGCUACUUGAAGGUUCUAAGGACCCUAUGCUAUUCUCAAAGUGGGGUGAGGAGCCUGAGGUCAUGAUUAAAGCCAUAGAGGAACUUAGUGUGUUAAAAGAACCUUCUGAACACGUUCUAUCAAGGGUUUCUUGGCAGAAAGAAGAUGUUGUCAAAGAGCCAUAUGUUGGUUCCUUCAGAAACUUGCUACUUUACCAUCCAGCAUGUGUAUCAGUUGAUGAAGAUGGGGAUCGCAUUUUUAUCUCUGACAGUAACCACCAUAGAAUCAUCAUUAGCAACAGCGAUGGGAUGAUUUUAGAUUGUGUUGGAUCGUCUCCAGGCUUUGAGGAUGGUGAAUUUGAAUCAGCCAAGUUCUUGCACCCAGCUGCAUCAUUUUAUCAUGCUGUUGAAGACUGUCUAUAUAUUGUGGAUUCAGAGAAUCAUGCGGUCAGAAAAGCAGAUUUGGGAAGAAGAAUUUUGGAGACAGUUUAUCCAGUCUUCGAUAAAAGGAGUGGCAUCUGGAGUUGGAUUAUGGAUAAGCUUGGUUUGAGAAAGGAAGUUGCUCCAACUAUUAAAGAUUUUGAUGCAGACUCAGUAGCACUUCCAUGGCAUUUGAUACAAAUUUCAGAGGAUGACUUAUUAGUAGCGGACCGCAGUUUUGAAACACCAUGGAUCCUGAGAAUAUCAACUGGCGAAAAACAGGAUACUGGAAGAGGUAGAGCUGAAGCAACAGAGUCAUAUCAGCAAAUUGUAAAUGAGAGGUGUGCCCUUCUCAAGGAUAUGCACUCGAAUUGGCCAUCCACUGCUAAAAAAUCUUCUGAUUCGUUGGAUAAGAUCACAAACAAGGAACUUGUAUCAUCAGUCUCAAGAUUUCAGAAUUACAUUGUUUUCUGUGAUACAGAUGGUCAAAGGGUUUUGAAGCAUGACUUGGAUACCAAGAACACCUCAAAUAUUCAUUUUUCUAACUGCGAGGUCCUUGGGUUGCCAUAUUGGUUUGUUGGCAAUCUCGAGAGAGUAUCAACCUGGGGACAUUCAACUGGACAAUUUCAAGAGCAUAUCCGGCAAGUAGAUGUGCUUCCUGGAAAAUGCAAUAUCACAGUUUAUGUAGACGUUCCAGUUCACACUGAACUUGCCGCACCUUUGGCGGAGACUUGCAUCUGGCGCCAAGUAAGGGGAUCUGGCGCUGAGAUUUCCGGUUCUGAUGGACCAGACACGACCACAGAAAAGGUUGGUAUAGCACAGCAGUGGUACGAUGAGUUAGACAAUCUAGCUUUUUCUGAAGUUGCUGAGGAACCUACCCCACAUGAAGGUGACAAUAAACCUGCAGAUCGAAGCUACCAAGACAAGAGAAGAGUGCAUUUCACCUGUGCGGUUAACGUCAGCCCUGGGACGUGUGAGCUGGUGGCUUCUGCUGCGCUGUACCUGAAGAUCGACAGAGCGAAAGAUGACUGCGGGGAUCAGAAGGCGCUGGUCAAGAGGAUCAUCCGGUGCCAGCACCGCGAGGAGCACGCUGGCGUCGAGCUGCUGAUGGAGCACUGCGAGGACGCAAGGGAUCUGAUCUUCAUGAAGCCGGUGCAUCUGAGGCUGAUGCUGCAGUGCGCCGAUCACCCCGCCGGCGCCACGAACAAGGAGACCAUCAGCACUGAGUCCAGCCUCACGAUCAACGUCUCGUUAGACUAGCGAUUUUGAACUUUCAUAUGUACAAGGCCGUCAUGAUAUGCACCACGUUGCGCAGCAUGCUGGAGCAAUCAGAGUGGAUGCAUUUGUUCCCCGAGCCGAGAGAGAAGUUUGCAGGGGAUUUUGCCACUAUGGGAAGGAAGAACCAAGCCAAAUUUUGCCGUGGCUCAUUCACCACUCUCUCUGGCUAACUCCAAGUGUUUUGACUUGUAUGGAGAAAGUUGUUACCCUAGCACGCUUUGCGGAGAAACGCAUUCCCUUCAACUAUAUUGUCUAAUGUAGGUACUUCAACUAUACUGUCUAAUGCAGUAACUAUACUUGCUUUC